AUCAUGAACGAACAAUAUUAAAAUUUCGUGAAACAGUUAAAAAUAUACAAUUUCAAAAUGAACAAUGUAAAAAACAAAUUGAAAAAUAUGAUGAACAACUAAAACUUGUUGGUUCAGUUCAAUCAAUUGAAUUUAAAGUCAAAAUUGUUGAAACUAAAACAUAUGGUGAAAUAAUUGAAAAUGAAUUUUAA